AUGCCCAAGACAAUCUUGUUCUUUACGAAUUCCGAUUACGGCCAGGCUAAUGUGGUCCUAGCUGCAGCGUACGAGUUGGCUAUUCUGGCCAAUGAUGUUGAGAUUCAUAUUGCGUCCUUUGAGGGCCUCGAGCAGGCGGCCCUUAAGACCAAUCAGCUCGUUGUGGAUAUUUCUCCCUGCAAGCCAUCAUCACGUCUGAUUUUCCACAGACUGCAUGGUAGAUCCCAAUUUGAAGCAUGUAUAGGCCCAGAUGUCGACCUAUUCAAAGCAUACGACCGACCUCCCACUUUCUUCAAUGCGGCACGCACGAUUCUCUGCAUCGAGGGUAUCAUGCAACCUUGGAGCUCCGAGGAGUUUGUCGAUUUGUAUCAGCAAAGCCUACAUAUCCUGAGUAAUGUGAAACCUGAUUUGACUGUUAUCGAGCCACUUUUUACUCCUGGUCUUACUCUGUGUAACCAUCUGGGUAUCAACUGGAUCGUACUGGCGCCAAAUACGAUCAAAGACUUUGCGGUUCCUCUGCAACCACGACUUGCGGCUCUAUGGAAGUACCCCAUAGUCUGUUCAGGAAUGCCAUUUCCGCUUCCUAUCUAUCUUAUCCCUGCAAACAUCGCUCUCAAUCUCACAUUGCUGAAAAACCGGGUUGGAGAGAGUAUCCAAUUGAUGACUGCCAACGAAUUGGGCGUGUUGAAGCCUGCACCGACAGGGCUACGCAUCCUCGUCGCAAACAGUGCCGACCUGGACUACCCUUUUGACAUAUUACCUUCUCAUGUUGUUCCUUGCGGUCCUAUUAUUCGUCCCUCUCUCGAGCUUAGUAAAGUGGACCAAUCCCUGGAAAAUUGGCUUGCUAGAGAGCCCACGGUGUAUGUCAAUCUUGGCACCCAUCUGACGAUGUCCAAAUCAGAAGCGGUCGAAAUGGCAGCUGCCUUUCGUCAAUUUUUAGAUAUGGCAGACGCGAAGGGUCGAAAACUACAAAUUCUGUGGAAACUCAAGAUCAAGAGCGUGGCAAGUGAGGACAAGCUUGUUCCAAGCAGCCUAGAGCAACACGAAGAGGACGUUUACAAGGCCAUUCAUAGGCACUUAGGCAAAGAGAUGGAUAAUGACCAAAUCAGACUCACGAAUUGGGUGACGGCAGAGCCAAAAUCUGUGCUCGAAUCCGGUCAUAUCAUCUGUUCGGUGAACCAUGGUGGUGCAAGCUCCUUUAACGAAGCAUUGUGCGCUGGCGUCGCGCAGCUUGUUUUGCCAGGAUGGGCAGAUUGCUAUGAUUUCGCCAACAGGGCAGAGCUUAUUGGAAUAGGCCGGUGGGGGAACAAAAAGGCAAAGCCGAGAUGGCAAAAGGACGAGCUAUGUGAAACCCUUGUACAAGUUAUCUUUGGAGCCAAAGCGGAGGAAAUAAACCUACGAGCCAAAAAGUUCGCUCGGAAAUAUGCCGAAGGGGAUGGGAGGCGCUUCGCAGCAAAGGUUCUCUUGGAUGCUUUAGUGACAAAUUUAUGA